AUGGCGUCGGAGAAGAAGCAGUCGAACCCGAUGCGGGAGAUCAAGGUCCAGAAGCUCGUGCUCAACAUCUCCGUCGGCGAGAGCGGUGAUCGCCUCACCCGUGCCGCCAAGGUGCUGGAGCAGCUGAGUGGCCAGUCACCGGUGUUCUCCAAGGGUAAUUUUCUUAAACCUGACGUUAUCAGUGGUGUGUGCAAGGUACACUGUGAGGUCGUUUGGUCGUUUGGGAUCCGGCGAAAUGAGAAGAUCGCGUGCUAUGUGACGGUGCGGGGUGAGAAGGCAAUGCAGCUGCUGGAGAGUGGCCUGAAGGUGAAGGAGUACGAGCUGCUGAGGAGGAACUUCAGUGAGACUGGCUGCUUUGGAUUUGGUAUCCAAGAGCACAUUGAUCUUGGCAUCAAGUAUGACCCGUCUACUGGUAUCUACGGCAUGGACUUCUAUGUCGUCCUUGAGCGUGCCGGGUACCGUGUCGCCCGUCGUCGCAGGUGCAAGUCUCGUGUUGGGAUCCAGCACAGGGUCACCAAGGAGGAUGCCAUGAAGUGGUUCCAGGUCAAGUACGAGGGUGUGAUCCUCAACAAGGCCCAAGCCAACACCUCCUAA